CCAGUGGUCCUCUGCUCUUUGACCCCAAAACAAAAACGUCCUCUAUGCGAAUGAAGCACAUCAAAUAUUAUGACGCUCGAAAAGGCAUCUAUUUACUAUAUAUAACAAGAACCUUUAUACACGUUGGGGUGAGGAAAGAAAACACAAUCCAGAUAAACACCUACUACCACCGUCUCUCUUACUCUCUCUCAUCAUCUUUCUUUUUCAGAGCUUCUACUUUCCUUAUCCCCAUAUUUUUUCAGAAUCUCUUUCUCUUUUAAGUUAUAUAGAACAAAAUUAAUAUUCAUCACUCAUCUCUUUCCCAAGUUAUUAUUGUGUUUGAGGCAUCAAUUCACAGAUCCAGAGACGUGGGGUCAUCAAGGAUCUGAUAUCUCAGUCCUUUUCUUUUCUUUUGCUCUCUCGUGGUGAACAUGGAUGGUGAAUAUCAAGAAGUUUACAUAAGGAAUUCAAGAGGAGUGCAGCUUUUCACUUGCAGAUGGUUGCCUUUUUCCUCUCCAAAAGCCCUCGUUUUCCUUUGCCAUGGGUAUGGCAUGGAGUGCAGCGGUUUCAUGAGAGAAUGUGGUGUCCGACUAGCGAAUGCGGGGUAUGCAGUGUUCGGAAUUGAUUACGAAGGACAUGGACGCUCGAGAGGGGCCAGAUGUUACAUUAAGAAGUUCGAAAACAUAGUGAAUGAUUGCAAUGAAUUGUUCAAGUCCAUUUGUGCGGAGGAAGAGUACAGGGACAAGUGCAGGUUCUUGUAUGGAGAAUCCAUGGGAGGGGCAGUAGCCCUUCUGCUUCACAAGAAGGAGCCGACUUUUUGGAAUGGUGCUGUUCUUGUUGCACCCAUGUGUAAGAUAUCAGAGAAGGUCAAACCGCAUCCGCUGGUUAUCAAUGUGUUGACCAGAGUGGAGGAGAUUAUACCCAAAUGGAAGAUAGUGCCUACAAAAGACGUCAUUGACUCGGCCUUCAAAGACCCUGUAAAACGCGAAGAGAUAAGGAGCAACAAGCUGAUCUACCAAGACAAGCCAAGGCUGAAAACAGCGUUGGAAAUGCUCAGAACUAGCAUGAGCCUUGAACACACUUUGCAUGAGCAGGUGAGGUUACCCUUCUUUGUGUUGCAUGGGGAGGCAGAUACGGUUACAGACCCAGAAGUCAGCAGAGCACUGUAUGAGAAAGCCAGCAGCGCAGACAAGACCAUCAAAUUGUAUCCUGGAAUGUGGCAUGGCCUGACAUCAGGAGAGCCCGAUGGGAACGUCGAAAUUGUCUUUGUAGACAUCAUAACUUGGCUUGAGAAGCACACCAGUGAUGACAAUUCCGUCAUCGUGCAACCAAUUCACACAUAUAGGAAUGCCAUUCUCAAGAUGAACACCACAGCCUCACCACCACAAACAAUAAACAAGCAGCAUCAGCAGCAGUCGCCUCGGCCUGUGCGAACACAGUCGCACAGGAGAUAUUUCUGUGGGUUGAAGGGACGCAGAUUGCAGCAUCACUCGGCAAUGUAGGCCAGCCAAUGUUGAAUGUGCUUGGCAACUGAUGUGCAUAGUCACUAGUAUAAAUGAAUGCUCUUCAGUUUUCGUCUGGAUGAGAAAUGUAUCGCUAUCGCAAAGAGGAGGCAGUGGAAUAAAUCCUUCCUUGCCCUUUAUUGAUAAGCCUCUAUUAUAAUUCAGCUGUCUAAUAUGCUUUAUCAAUGCAAGGGUCAGAUCAAAUUAAAGAGAUUGGUCCGUCUGGAACUUGAAAGGGGAGAUAAUGGUCUAAUUGAACAAACAAAUCCAAUCUAAAUCACAUGGCAACAGAGUGGUCUCUGCUACCUCUAAAGAUGGUGGGCUUGCCUUCCCUGAAAACCUCUGGCUUCCAUGUUUUGCUGUGCAGUCAAUCCUAAGAUGGUGAAGAGAGUUUAAAUCAACAAUGUAAAACAGCAGGGUCAUAAAAGAUGAAAAUAUUGAGUUGGAACUGGUAUAACAAUGUCCUAUAUUUCUGAAUUUUAGUUUUAGGUUUUACUGUAGCUUUUAAUAAAUCUGAUUGUGAUGUUUGUAUU